CAAAGAUGGCGGCCUUGGUGAAUCGUUGCCGCGGUAACGGCGCAGGGUAACUUGUGACGUGGCUGCUUGAGGCAGAGGGUUCGAGGGCGGCUCGGGUGUGUUGUGCAGACAGUGGCCCGCGGGGUCGCCGGCAGGAGAACAUGCUGCCACUCGAUUCCGAAGACUUGUUGUUUCGAGUAAAAGGAGGAAUUAAUUUGGAUGGAUUCCUGAACAAAACAGAUGAAAAGGGAAUUAUAAAAGGCUUUUCAGAUGCCAUUUCGCAUGCCAUUAAUAAGGUGAAUUCACAAGCUGUCGUCCUAUUUUGUGUGGAGAGUUCCCUGUUUAUUUGGCCUAUAUCCCACGUCAGUACGCAGCCUUCAGAACUGCACGAGAAUAGUAGCUGCAAGUCUAUCUUCAAAUUUGUGCCAAUUGAGGUCAAUGACUAUCUUAAAAAGAUUCCCAAAAAGAAAUCUCUGAAAAUUGAACCAGUGCGAGUCAUAAACCUGGAACUUUUGUUUGAGAUGACAAGGCCUGGGACAGUUGAAAGUGUAUUCAUCCAGCAUGAUGCCAAGUCACGGGUACAUUUUAAGAUGACUCUUCCUAUUGAUGUGGUAGUAUUUGCUAAUCCAGAGGACCCAUGGGGAAGAGUACUGGAUCAGAUUGUAGAAUCAAUUUCUUCACAGCUAACUGAAAUGGAGAAGUGUAUUCAGAGAUAUGCAAAAGGACAGUCUGUUCCAAUACCACAGGCAUUUCACUUUGAAUUGCCAGAACAACCUACUCUUACUACUGUAAUAUAUCCUGCUGGAAUCAGUGAUGAAGAACUGGAACCACAACGCAAAGAGAUACAUGAAGAACUUGGUCUAAAUGAUAAGCCCUACUUUCGCCGUACAAUGGCUUAUAAUUUUCCAAAUGAUGAGUUAAUGAAUAAGUAUCUGAGAAAUAUACACCAGUACAUUUUUCUUCCUGAUGCUGAAGAAUACCAGAUUCAUCUGGUGCAUGGAUCAUACAACUAUCAUCACUAUUUACAGGAUGGUGUAAAUGACACUGGAUGGGGUUGCGCAUAUCGUGCUUUGCAAACUAUCACCUCCUGGUACAAAUUUCAGGGGUAUAUCACAAUUGAUGUACCUUCCCAUGAGGAGAUCCAAAAGAGAUUGGUACAGGCCGGAGAAAAACCUCCCGAUUUUGUGGGAUCAUCGGAUUGGAUUGGAUCUUUUGAGCUGCAGGCAGUUUUAAAUACUAUGGAUAUUACAUCGAAGAUCUUGAGCAUCCAGCAAGGUUCUGAGUUUGCUUUGAGUGCCAGAGAGCUUUCUGAGCAUUUUGACGUGCAAGGAUCUCCAGUUAUGGCUGGUAGUGAGACUUUAGCACACAUUCUUCUGGGAAUUGCAUGGAAUGAAAAGACUGGUGUAGCAAAAUUCCUUGUCUUGGAUACACACUACACUGGAGAGGAUGACUGGCACAAUGCAAUUGAAAAGGGAGUUGAUUGGAAAGACGAAGACUUCUGGGUGCCACAGGAAUCUUACAACCUCUGCCUGCCACAGAGACCAGUGGGUGUUUAGAACCAGCACCACUUCAGUGUUUAUACUUAUGGAACUUUGGCGGGAAAGGAACAUAAUUUUCAAAUGCACAGAACUCUACCAAUCUUUGUGUACUUCAAACCAACUGAGAACUUGAGGGUUGAGCACAUGUGUUUUACAAAUACUGCAAUAAAAACAGCAGCUAAAUAUA